AUGGAGGUUCUGCUAUCCAUCGUGGACUUGGUCCAUCAGCACUGGCUGUUUCUGAUCGUCGGCUUGGUAUCAUCGUGGCUAUUGGCUAAUCGGUAUCUGACAUCUCUGAGAAAAAUACCAGGACCAUUUCUCGCGUCAUGCACGCGUCUCCCCCGGUUCUUCGCAGUCCUGCGUGGCCGGCCUCAUGAAUGGGAACUGAGGCUGCAUCGGAAGUACGGUCGAAUAGUGCGGACGGGUCCAGAUCUUGUGUCAGUUGGCGACCCAGCGGCAAUCAACCUUAUCUACGGUGCUUCCGAUAAGUUCAAAAAGUCUCCGUUUUACAUCCCAUUCAUGGUUUACGACGAUGAAGGGUUGCUUCCAGAUCCAUUGGUUCUAUCAGACAAGACACUUCAUACGCGCAUGAAGCGAAAUGCAUACAAUGCGUACUCUAUGGGGUCCAUGCUACAGUUGGAGCCCCUUGUGGAUGGGGUCACCGAACGGUUCUUCAAAUCGCUCGAUAGCGUGUGCGACUCCCUUAGUCGGACGUGCGACUUGGGGGAAUGGUUACGGUUUUACGCAACCGACGUCAUCUUUGCUGUCACCUUCGGCGAGGACCUGAACUUUAUGGAGAAGGGAGACCCAAUUGGAAUGAUGCCUGUGCUCGAAUAUGUCAUUGGAGACUACGUGGCCAUCGUUGGUCAAUUCCCAUGGCUUCACAAAUUCCUGCUGGGUAACAGGCUCGUUUCCAAGUUGGCCCUCGGAAACAACGCUCUCGCCGGUGCCCCUCUGAGCCUGGCCCAAUCGCAGGUUGAGAAAUUCCGAGACAGAAUGACAGCAGGAGUGUUGACAGGCCCUUGCACAUUCGUCCAGAGACUCUUGGAACAUCAGCAGACCCAUCCUUCUUCCAUCACGGAUCGCGAGCUCAACACCCACGCAUUUGGGAAUAUUACCGCCGGCGCGGACACCACGGCAAUCGCCCUGCGGACCAUCAUGUUCAACGUGGCAAAACAUGCAGAUGUCUAUCGUGCUCUAUGUCACGAGAUCCGCGAGGAAGCCAAGCUGACGCUUCCCGUCUCGUUCAACGCUGCCAACGCCCUGCCGUAUCUUGAUGCGGUGAUCAAGGAAGCCCUUCGCAUCCACCCACCUAACGGGGUCAUGUACUGCCGAACUGUUCCGCCGGAGGGCGCCAUGAUAUGUGGGCAGUACAUAUCCAGGGGCACAGAAGUGGGCAUCAGCCCUUGGGUAGUCCACUACGACCCGGAGCUAUUCCCACAUCCUGAGAGCUUCCAACCACAGCGCUGGCUGUCCUCUGACGCAGAACUGGUGGCGCGCAGAAAGAGGUCCAUCUUUGCUUUCAGUGCAGGCUCGCAUACCUGUCUCGGGAAAAAUAUCAGUCUGAUGGAGAUCUCAAAGUUGGUUGCGUCACUGUUGGUACGGUAUGAUGUCGCACUAGAGGAUCCUCAUGCGGAGCUGUCCUUCAAGUGUCGGUGGUUCACGCCCCAGAAAGGUUUGGUGGUGAAACUAGCCAAGCGAGCCUCCUGA